AUGUUUUCAAAUUAUUUAUCGGUUGCUAAAAAAUCAAUCACUAGGAAUGUUAGUUGUGGUGGUGUUUCUAAUACUUUUAUCACAUUAAUUAAUCAACAACAAAGAUCAUUGGCAUUUAAACCAACUGCUGUAUUGUUUAAAUCGAAAAAGAAGAAAAACAAACAACUGCUGAAGAUUGAUCAAUUAACCACUGCUAUUACUAAAACUACAACUCAAUUGGCUACUCAAAUUGAAAGUAUACAACAAAAUCAACAACAGAAGCAGCAACAAAAUGAUAAAGCAAAAGUAGAAAACUCACCACUUGUUUCUUUAGAUCUAAUUAUUAAUCUUCCAUUUAUUCCACCUACUAUCAAUUAUUCGCUUAACAACAACAAUGUGACCAAUUUAGAAGGUAUAAUUGAAUUGAAUAAAUCAGAUUCAACUAUCAAUGAUGAUGAUUAUAAUUGGAAUUUUUUCAAAAGUGGAUUAUUUUGGUUCAAAGAUGAAUUAAAACAUCUUGAUAAAGAACUUGAAUUUGAUACUAUUACCAAUACAAAACUGUUGAAGAAUAAUAUUGGUGAUAAAAUAAUCCAAUUGGAGACUCAAAUCAUUGAACAAUUGGAAAAGACAAGAAAGAGUGGCAACAAUAUCGUAAAUGAAAAUUAUUUCAUUAAUUUGAUAAAAAUUUAUCGAUUUAAAGAAUUAUAUAAUAUUUUAGAAAACCUCAAAGAUAAUGAAUCAAUACCAUUAUUGAAACAAUUUAAAAACAUUAUCAUUUUACCAAAAUAUGAAUUCUAUCGAUAUUUAAUCAUCAAUGAAAUUUUUAGCAACAAAAAGGCAGAAAAUGAUAAUUAUCUUGAUAAUUUCAAUAAUAUGGAUGAAUUUUAUUAUUAUUUAAGAUCAACAAAUAUUAUAAUAAUCAAUAUAGCUCAAACUGAUAAUUAUUACUAUAAAGUAUGUCCAAAAUUAUAUGAAAUAUCGAAAAAUUCAAUUUUCCCAAAUAAUAUAAUUGCUAAACAAUUACUAGAUAUGAUAACUCAAUUGAAAUUAAUAUUUGGUAAAGAUGAAACAACAAUUAUGCCAUGGCAAAAAGUGAAUGAUCCAGAGAUAUCAUUACCAAUUUAUCAUAUUACUAAUGAUUCUAUAAAUAAUUAUAUUUUCAGUUUUUUCAUACUGAUUAAAUUUGAUAUUUAUCAAGUUUUAAUGGAUAAUGAUUUUUGCUUUAAUGAUAUUGAUAAAUUUAAAUUUGCCUUUGAUGUAAAAUUUGUUGAACCAAGUAAACAAACUAUGCUUUAUAUUAUAUUACAAGAUCAAGAAAGAAUCAAGAAAUUGUUUAAUGAUCCUAAAAUUUCCAAAUUAUAUCAUGAAUUGUUAUCAAAAGGAAACAGAUAA